GUCUACAUAACCUAUACAGACCUAACCAAUCACAGUUCAUUAUUUUUGAAUCCGCGUGCGGUAUACUCUGAUUGGUGGCAGACCCUAGCGCACGUAAUUUGUCAAUUCAUGUGCUCCAACUUCGCACAAAAUUCAUCUCUACUUCGUAGGAGAAUUAUUAAUUCUUUUUACGAUAAGUGGAGAGACGAACUACUGGGUGUAUAACAUUAGAUCUAACCUCCAAGAUUAUUUCUUCACACCGAACAUGAAUCACUAGGAAAACGAUGAGUUUGACAGUGACAAACCAAGAAAGAAUAACCAUUCAAAUUCAACCGCAGGAAUGAGAAAAUAAAAUUAUUUUUAGUUUAUUCAUGCUCAGUAUUGGAAAUCAAGUACCAUGAGUGGACUUUUGAACUUGUACAGAAAUCUCCUGAGAAAAUAUCCAUUGCGGAUGCAAGCUAUUCAAGCAGGUGCGUUAAUGGCUUUGGGUGAUCAAAUAGCACAGAAUUUCGUUGAAAAACGAAAAUUUCAGGAUGUUGAUUAUAUUCGUACUGCCAAGUUCUAUGCCAUUGGAUUUUGCAUAGGUGGCCCAGCAACUUACACGUGGUACGGAAUACUAGAUAAAUAUAUUGGUUCAAAAGGUGGUGUUGUAGCGAUGAAAAAAGUUGCUUGCGAUCAACUGUUCUUCGCACCGUGUUUCAUCGGUGUUCUUCUCAGUUCAGUUGGUUUCAUGCAGGGCAACGACAUUAACAGUAUUCGAGAGAAGCUCCGGGAAGAAUACCUAGAGAUCCUGCGAAAUAACUACAAGGUGUGGCCUAUGGUGCAAAUGGUGAAUUUUGCUUUCGUACCACUGCAAUAUCAAGUUCUAGUUGUACAAUCCGUGGCAGUCCUAUGGAAUUCCUAUGUGUCUUACCGUACAAACAGAGAUGUACUUCAUAAAGCGAAUUCAUGAGGAUCCUCAUGUCUGCCAAAGCGAAUUAGAUAAAUGUGAGACAGGUCGAUUGAUCAAUUGACAAAGGAUGACUAAAAACGUAAAUGCAAAUUUUUGAUACUUUAAUCUAGCCAAUAAUAAUACAAAUAGUGUUUGCACAUAAAAAUGUUUUAUAUUGAUUAUCAUAAUGUGUACUCGACACAUGAAAAUAAUAAUUAUUUGAACUAAA